AUGCAAACCAACGAUACAGACUUGCUUUUUCAAACAAAUUCUGAUCUAGAGUUUUCCUCUGCGAGACAAAAGAAACUCAAAGCUGCUGAAAAGCUCGGUAACCCAUUUCGUAUCUCAUCAAAAGUAUUAGAUCUGGUUAUAGAAGGUGAUGAAGCUUGGGUGGCAGAAUCCGGUUGGCAAAUCCGUCGAGUGGAUCUCAACAGUUUCACCACGAAAAAGUUAUAUAAAGGUCAUUCUGGACCAGUGACCAGCGUCGUUUUAUAUGAUACCCCCGGUGGAUUGAGAGUGUUGAGUGGAUCGUGGGAUAAGACGAUCAGGAUAUGGGAUAUCAAGACAGCACAAGUGUUACAUAUCUUAAAAGGUCAUACGGACUUUGUCAAAUCCCUUUUAAUCCUCCCACUUCCACGUCCCCUUCUAUUAUCAACAUCAUCAGAUAGAUCAUUACGUCUAUGGGAUCUCUCUCCUUUACAAGAAAACAACCCGCCCAUCUGUAUACAAACGAUCAGAGAACAUACAAGACCAGUAGAAAGUUCGACAUAUCGGAUAUUCACUGAUGAAUCCGGACAAAGAACUGAGGUGUAUAUAUGGACAUCAGAUUCUUUAGGUGUGAUGAAAGAAUGGGAAUUGAAAGAUGAUCAAUUGGUAUUCAGAAGGGAUAUAAAGGGUCAUGAGACUAGUGUGGGGUUUAUCUUAGCUACUGAAGAUGGAUUGUGGAGUGCAUCAAUGGACAAAUCCAUCAUGUUCCAUCCUCAUCCCCAAUCACACUCACUUAAACCCAUUUCCAUCACCCACACAGGCUACGUCAAAUCCCUUCUCCCCCUUCCCGCUUCUUCUACCUCCCCAUCCCUCCUCCUCACCGCAGGCGACGAUGAAGAUCUACACGUCUUCCCUCUUGAUGACGUACUGGAAGGACAAACCCCAAAACCGAUCCUCGUACCUGGUCAUUGUGCCGAAGUAUCCGUCCUCCGUCUUUGGAGGAAAGAAGGUAAAGCAGUGAUACUUUCCGGUAGUUUAGACGGUACAAUCAGAAAUUGGUCUAUACCUGGCUGA